AUGGCCCCAAGCACGAACGACCCCGGUGGCCAGCCGCUGCCACAUAUGGAGAAGCUCUCAAACGAGGUAUCUGUAUAUCGUCCGCCUGGAUAUGAGCCCUGGCCUGUUGAUGACAUGGCCCGCGCCAAGGCAAGCCCGCGGCUCAUCAUUCUGGGCACCUGGACUGAUGCGCGGGACUCGCAUAUUGCUAAAUAUAUAUCAAAAUACCAGGAGCUGUACCCAGCUGCCUCCAUUCUUUUGAUGAAGAGCACGACGAGACUCUUCAACAACACGGCAUUGAUUGGGCCGGCAGUUCGGCCAGCGUUGGGCAUUAUCGGAGAGCUCUUCCCUCCAUCACCGCCAUCUUCACCUCCGUCGUUGUCCAUCGCGACACCAUCACUCCUGAUACACAUCUUCUCCAAUGGGGGCUCUGCAAGCAUCUCCAACUUAUAUGAGCAGUAUGCUGCAACAUCAGAGAACGCAGAGGACACGGUACUACCUUAUCAUGUCACCAUCUUCGACUCAAGCCCUUCGGUAUUUCGUAUCCAGCAGACGGUUGCGUACCUCACGACUGGGCUGUCAUCACCCGCGCACCGAAUGGUAGCCAUUCCCGCUUUGUACACCAUCGCCACUGGACUUUCAGCAAUGAUCAACCUCGGCUUGUGGAAAGACGUACUUCUCCAUUGGGGCAAGAGCCACAACGAUCCUUCCAAGGUACGCGAGAGACGGCGGGUGUAUAUCUACAGCGACACGGAUCCGGUCGUGAGUCACUUGGACGUCGAAGCACACGCAGACCAGGCCGAGAAGAACGGCUUCGAGGUGUACAGGGAGCCCUUCGCUGGAUCGGGCCAUGUCGCCCAUGUCAGAGAGGAUGAGGCUCGGUACUGGGAGAUUGUGAGGAGUAUUUGGAGCGGGACCCCAAGAGCUAAGCUAUAA